UCUCUUUGCGUCUAAGCUAAGCCCCUCUUUGGCUGGGAUAUAUAUACCUGCCCUUGAAGCCGCAGGAAGGCAACUUGGCCCCAGUAUCCUGACAAGUUCUUUUACAAUGCUGGUGGCGACUGUCUUACCCUGGAAUAGAUCAAGUUUCAGUCGGAGGUCGAGUAUUUGGAUGAGUAUCUGGACGUGCCUCGCAUGGAUGUUUGAGACAAAUGAUCUCGCUGCGCUGGACUAUUUCUUUAAUAGAAGUCAAGUACUAGAGAAGUCACAGCGCCACAGCCUGGGCUUCCCAGAUCACCUCGAUUGGGAUGAAUAUCCUCUGGAGAUCCAAUGUAAUCGCUGGUUCUGGAAAACGUUUGCCAUUGGACAGCAAAGUCAAUGGGCACACAUGGAUGGGGAUGAGUGGACCGAGCAGAGCUGGGCAAACAUGAUGAAGAAUUGCGAUAUCCCGGCGGAAGAAGCUGAAAUCGUACCCGUUGUUAACAAUACCGGGGUACUACCUUCAUCACUAAAUGAAGACGAAGGCGAAGACUAUGUUGACCUGAUACACACGUUGGAGCAACGGAGAGAGUUGGACACGCAUAUUGACUCGGAUUGCACGGAUAUCUGGGCCGAUAUUGCUGUGUGCGACGGCUUGGUUUGAAUCAGCCGCAAAGAAAAAGCAUGCCAGCUAGGAAUAUAUCUCU